AUGCCGCCGUUGUUGUCUAUAACGGCCAUUUUAUUUGUUUUAUGCGUCUUUUCACACACAGUAUUCUCGGAAGAUGUCUUUGAACCUGCUCUCAAUCAUUCCUCAAUCUGUGCCUUACCGCCAUCUCCCCUUCUGACUUUCAACCCAGUCGCAUUGAACCCCACAUGCUCGCUUUCCUCCAGACCAGCAGAUCCAGCUCCAGAAUUUCUGUCUUUCGAGGAGUGGAAGGCCAAACAGCUCGCCGUUCAGGAGAGUGCGAACGGUAAAGACAAGGAUAGCCACGCGCCCACGACAAAGUCAAACACUGGCAAUAAACAAGACAAUAAAAAUCAAGAAGAAGAGGUGGCCUCGACCUCGAACGGACACAAGGAUGCCGACGUGGCUCGGGAUGUCGUAGCCAGCGUGGAGGCCAACGAUACCGAACACGCUACUCCAUCGCCGUCUGCACCCAAAUACCAUAUCCCAUUAAUAGACCGGUUCAACUAUGCGUCAAACGAGUGUAACGCACGUAUCCACUCGUCUCACAAGUCGGCAAAGUCGAGCUCGUCAAUCCUCUCACGGAAAAAGGACCGGUACAUGCUCUCGCCAUGCCAGCUUAACAAGGAAAAGCAUUUCGUGGUUGUGGAGCUUUGCGAGGAUAUUCGCAUCGACACGGUUCAAUUGGCCAACUUUGAAUUCUUCUCCGGCGUUUUCAAAGACAUUCGCGUCAGCGCCGCCGAGACAUAUACAAGCGAUGGAAAGGGUUGGACAGUAGUAGGAGAGUACACGGCGAAGAAUAUCCGAGGUAUCCAGUCUUUUCACCCGCAAAAGGAACUCCUCCGCUUUUACAGAUAUCUACGCGUAGAAUUUCUCAGCUACUACGGCAAAGAGUACUUUUGCCCAGUCUCCCUAUUGCGCGUCUACGGCCUUACCCAGAUGGAGGAGUGGAAGUCGGAUCUCUGGAAGGCGGAAUGGGAAGCUUCGCAAGCGGCAUCCAUCGACGCUGUGACAAAGGAACCAGAGGAUACUGUCAUCAUCCUUGGGGCUGGGUCACUCUCCGCGUCUGCCUCCUCUGGAUAUCAUAUUCCUUCCACAGAUUCGGCGCCUUCUACCACCAGUGAGAGCAGUCAAACGUCUCAGGAAUCAAAGGAUCCACCACAAAGGGUAGAAUCCGCUUCUUCAGAGAACAAAACGGCAGGGUCUCGAGCCAUAACGGAAAGCCUGCACGAGAUCCCUUCGACCUCCCAUCCUAUUCCUGCCACUGGAGGGACUCUGCAAAGCCAACCAACAGAGUCAAGAGAAACUUCGGAGAGUCAAGAGACUAGUUUGCGGCAGACGCAAAGUUCAGAUGGUCAUCAUGUUGUCGAGGAGGUACCGACUUCAUCAGACGAAAAGGUGUCUUCGACCCCGCCGCCAACUACCUCGACUCCUGCAACCAGUGCGGAAAAUGGAUACAAUGAACCGACCACCUCCGUCGUCACGCGGACCGUCUCGACGACGAUUAUCUUGUCGGCCGCGACACCUUCAUCCUCCACUGCUAUUCCAAACGGCGAGUCCGUCUACCGGAUGAUCAUGAACCGUAUUAGCAGCCUAGAAGCAAACCAGACUUUGUAUGCGCGAUAUGUCGAGGAACAAGGGCGAUCCGUCAAUAUUCGGCUUGAACUCAUCGAAGAGGACAUUGGACGUCUAGGCGCAGUGAUGACGUCUCAACAACAGCGUAUCAAGAAGAUGUUUGAGCGACAUCGCAUUGAUACGGAACGUGCUCAUAAUCAGUUGGCGGCGCAGGUGGAGCACUUGGCACACGAGGUCUUGAUGGAGAAAAGACUGGGAAUUUUACAAUUGGUCCUCCUGCUCACCGUCUUAGUAUUCAUGGCGCUUACGCGUGGCUCCCGUGGUGAGCCGAUCCGCUUACGAAAGGCGGGUCUAGUAUGGCACAAGAAUCUGCGGAAUAGCGCAGACUGGGUCACGGGAUGGAGAGGCAGCGCUAGUCGAUUGCCAAGUCCCGAUGGCGAGCAUGUCGAUUCGCAGCCUAAUGAUGCCAUCGAAGUUGCAUUCAACUUGGAAGACUCCCCCAUGCGCCGGCUGCAGGAUCCCCCGCGGAGACCUAGGAGGUCUUCCUCUCAGCGCUCGGCACGAUACGAUGAUGUAUUCCAGACUCCUCCGCGCAAGUCACGAACCGUUAUUCGAUCCCGACAAAACUCGACUCACAGCCGGAAUCAUACACCACUUGGAGCGUUCCGACGAUCCUCGAACAAUAAUAUGAGGGCAACAGACUCGGCGACAGAAAUGCCGUCUGCAUCAAAGCGUGCACCUCUCGGGGUGAUCGAUAGGAACGGCCAGGAAGACCCAAAGCAGCCAUAUCACAAGGAGACAUGGAGAGCUUCUGGCCGCUCAGUCUCUCUUUCUGGUGCCAAUCCCGUAGGUCUUGGGCUUGGAGUAGGCGGAAGUACUGGCAACCUACCUGACUCUCGCAAUCAUGGCUCGAUGCGUCGGUUAGCCAAAACGGCACAUCUCCACGAAGUCAAGAACGCCACCCAACGGAGUCGAGGGAACACAGUCGACGAACUCCGCCCGCCUCUCGUGGUAUCGGUUCUGAGUCCUAUGACGGAAGCCUCCACUCCCGGCUUUACUCCAAACCCUCAGACCCUGUCUCAUGAAGAUAAGAGUGGGCCUACAAGGAUCACUGGGUUUGAGAGUUCAGAGUUGCGAGGGGUUGGUGGUCCACCAGCGGCGCGGUCGGAAGGCGUGUUGUCCGACUUGUUCAGUAUCCCAACUUCUUCAAGUUUGGUUUCCCCUCAAGCGAUACCGUUUCCCAGCCCUGGGAACCGGGGGCUCUCGGAGGGUGAACAAGACCGCGAGGACGAUGAUGUCUGGGUGGACGACGAGCAACCAGGGGAUGGAGAUCCAGAUGAACGGGAGAUUGUACAGCGCAGUCCCCGAACGAAACGAUCGAGAUUCAGCUUUGGAAGUCCGCGCAAGCCGUUUGUAUUCUCAUCGUCCCCACCCGCGGGGACUGAGAGAGGCUCAGGGAUGAUGGGUGGUGGAGGGAGAGGAAGGUUCAGAUUCUCGAAACGAAGUGAUGUAAGUAUGGGCUCGAUUCCGCGUGGAUAA